AUAUUGUUGGUUUUAUAAUUAUUUUAAUAAUAUUAUAUCAUCAUUACUUUAAAUGGUUUCUUGAAUGGAAUACAAAUAUAUAAGACAUAUUCAAGGAAAUGUAAAGAUUGUGCAAUAUCUGUUAUAUAUAUUUUUUUAUCAAAACAAUCAUUAUUUUCUCUUGUAACUACAUUAUCGGAGCUACGAAUAACGGCCCUUGAUAAUAAAUGUGAAAUAUUGAUAAAUGCGUAACAUCAAAUCUUUUUACUUGUUUGCGUCAUACGUUGGCACUGCUAAUUACAAACUUGUUUCGCAAACUGCAAACGGACCUAGUACCUCUUUGAAACCUUAGUCCGAGUUUACACGAAGAGAAGUGGCGACGUGUGCACUUUUUUUCGUUGUUUACGACAUCUCAAAAAAUGGUGUCUAAUAAAAUAAACGCCGAUUUACAAAAAGAAAGGGAUUCUUGUAGUUUUAAUGUCACCGAAUUAACAAACUUAAUUGAUGGAGGUAUUGAGAAAACUGCCGAAAGGAAGAAAAGAGAGGAAAUGGCUCUCAAAGAAGGUAUACAUUUGGACGAGGUUCCGUCUGUGUAUUUGAGUCACAAGGAGAAAUAUGAGUUAGCGAUCAAGAAAGCCUGCCUCCUGUUUAAAAUGAUAAGACGACUUCAGGAAGAGGAAAAUGCUGGCAUGGAAAAUUAUAUGGCAGUGCUUGGAGGUAAUUUAGGGUCAGCCAUUCUUGGGGAUGGAUCCCCUCUCACCCUCCACUAUGUGAUGUUCAUACCCACAUUGAUGGGACAGGGUACAGUGGAACAGCAGGCUUAUUGGAUCGGCAGAGCAUUUAAUCUUGACAUCAUUGGCACAUAUGCUCAGACUGAAUUGGGUCAUGGCACAUUCGUCCGCGGUCUUGAGACCACAGCCACCUACGAUCCUUCUACCAAGGAGUUCAUUCUACACAGCCCCACACUCACCGCAUACAAGUGGUGGCCGGGCGGACUGGCCCACACAGCCAACUACUGUAUAGUUAUGGCCCAACUGCACACGAAAGGCAAAUGCCACGGCAUGCACGCUUUCAUAGUCCAAUUGCGUGAUGAAGAAACACACAUGCCCUUACCGGGGAUUAAAGUUGGUGAGAUCGGCGCCAAGCUCGGUAUGAACGGCACUAACAACGGAUUCCUUGGCUUCGACCAAGUCAGAAUACCCAGAGACUAUAUGCUAAUGAAGAACGCUAAAGUUUUAGAGGACGGUACAUACGUGACUGCACCAAGCUCGAAGCUCGCGUACGGCACCAUGAUGUUCGUGCGAGUGAUGUUGGUCAACGACAUGUGUAACUACAUGGCUAAAGCGGUCACCAUAGCAACCAGAUACAGCGCUGUGAGGAGACAGUCGCAGCCUAAACCCAAUGAACCGGAACCCCAGAUCUUGGAUUACGUGACGCAGCAGCACAAGUUGAUGAUAGGUCUAGCGUCGGUCCACGCCUUCAGAACAUGCGCUGAUUGGCUCUGGCAGAUGUACAACAACGUCACCGCUGAACUCGAAGCGGGGGAUAUGGAGAGACUUCCAGAGCUUCACGCGUUAUCGUGCUGUUUGAAAGCGGUGAGUACAUCAGAUGCCGCUCAGUGCGUGGAGCGCUGCAGACUGGCGUGCGGCGGACACGGGUACAUGCUGUCCUCCAACCUGCCGCUCACAUACGGUCUGGUCACGGCCGCCUGCACUUACGAAGGAGAGAAUACCGUCAUGUUGCUGCAGACUGCCAGAUACCUGGUGAAGGCGUGGCAGCAGGCGGCCGGUGGCCAGACUCUACCACCGACGGUGAGUUACCUUCGCGAGGUGGUCGCCGGUCGUCGGUCGCCACCAUUCGACAACACCAUAGAUGGUAUAAUCGCUGGCUUCUACCGAGUCGCUGCUGGUAAAAUCGGUGCCUGUGUGGCGCAAAUAGAGAAACGUCAGAAGACAGGCAUGCCAUACGAGGACGCCUGGAAUAUGACAUCCGUUCAACUGACUUCAGCAUCGGAGGCCCACUGUCGUGCGAUAAUCUUGUCAACGUACUACAAGGAGAUCGAGCGUCAGAGUAACUCGGUUUCCCCCGAGCUGUCGACAGUGCUACGGCAGCUGGUAGACCUGUACGUGGUGUAUUGGGCGCUGCAGUGCAUUGGCGACCUACUCAGGUUCACAUCGAUCUCUGAGCGUGACAUCGACCAGCUUCAGGCCUGGUACGAGGAUCUCCUCACCAGGCUUAGGCCGAACGCGGUGGGACUCGUGGACGCCUUCGACAUUAGGGACGAGAUCCUCAACUCUGCGCUGGGUGCAUACGAUGGUAAUGCCUACGAACGUCUCAUGGCGGAAGCUAUGAAGAGCCCUCUCAACAAGGAACCGGUCAAUCAAAGCUUCCAUCAGUACUUGAAACCAUUGAUGCAGGGAAAGCUAUAGUCAAAUAAUCCUUAAAGGGUUCUCAACUCAAGUUCAUCUAUAUCGACAACAUAAAGCAGAAUUUACACCAUUUUGCUACUUGUAUAUUCAAUAAAAAGGUAUCAAGUUAUGUAAAGGAAAUAUGAUUAUAUAUGGGGAACCUAAUUUAUGUGAGGCCUACAUUAAUUGUUGCUGUUGCUGUAUUAUUAGCAUCAACGCUACCCAACUCUUCAGACCAAUUGUGCCUUCAUAUGUCCGAUUCUUGCAACUUGCUCAACUAGGAAUCAUGAAUUCUAUGUAAUAGAUGUCGUUAAUUUCUAAGUGUAUAGAGAUUUAUAUAUUGAGAAUUAAUAUAUUUCUGUAAAGAGAAUAUAACUCUGGUGGUGGUUCCGUAACAUUCCAUGUAAAGAGAUUAUAAUGUAUCAGAUUAUGUCACCGGGAGAUUCAUUUGUAAAGUAUUUUUUUUCGUUGUGCACAAUGUAUACAAAUAUUUUUAAUAUGUAUUUUUUUUAUUACGCCAUAUUGGUUUAAAUAAAUAUCACAAAAUAUU